AUGAGCAGUUCUGUGGCCAAACCGGCAAACUUACCUCCUGUAGAAUCACGAGGAUUGCAAGAGCAUCAAAUCCCCACUGAUAACAGCCAACAUUCUAACAAAGGUGAAAGUAGUGCAAAUUUUCUACGUGCUGCACGAGCAGGAAAUCUCGAUCGUGUGCUUGAAUUAUUGCGUUCAGGUACUGAUAUCAAUACUUGUAAUGCAAAUGGACUAAAUGCUUUGCAUCUCGCGUCCAAAGAAGGGCAUCAUGAAGUGGUCCGUGAACUUCUGAAGCGGAAAGCGGACGUUGAUGCUGCGACCAAGAAAGGUAAUACAGCAUUGCAUAUAGCGUCGCUGGCAGGUCAGGAAUUGAUCGUAACUAUACUGGUCGAGAAUGGUGCUAAUGUCAACGUACAAUCACUUAACGGUUUUACACCGCUUUACAUGGCUGCACAGGAGAAUCACGAGCCUGUAGUGCGUUAUCUUCUUGCCCAUAAUGCAAAUCAAGCUUUGGCUACAGAGGAUGGGUUUACUCCACUUGCAGUGGCUUUGCAGCAGGGUCAUGAUCGUGUUGUGGCUCUUUUACUUGAAAAUGAUACACGAGGAAAAGUGCGCUUACCAGCUUUGCAUAUUGCUGCUAAAAAAGAUGAUACAAAAGCAGCUACUUUAUUGCUUCAAAAUGAGCACAAUGCAGAUGUUACUUCAAAAAGUGGAUUCACUCCCCUUCACAUUGCUGCACAUUAUGGAAAUGAGAAUGUCGCGCAGUUGUUACUCGAGAAAGGAGCUAAUGUGAAUUAUCAAGCAAGACAUAAUAUAAGUCCUUUACAUGUUGCAACGAAGUGGGGACGUGCAAAUAUGGUUUCCUUAUUAUUGGCCCAUGGAGCUGUGAUUGAUUGUCGUACGCGGGAUUUGCUUACUCCACUACAUUGUGCUUCCCGUUCCGGUCAUGAUCAAGUUGUCGAUUUGUUGCUAGAAAAGGGAGCUCCGAUCAAUGCAAAAACAAAAAAUGGUUUGGCUCCUUUACAUAUGGCAGCACAAGGGGAUCAUGUUGAUAGUGCACGGAUUCUGCUGUACCAUCGAGCUCCAGUUGAUGAUGUUACAGUUGAUUAUCUCACUCCUCUUCAUGUGGCUGCUCAUUGUGGACAUGUUCGCGUUGCUAAGCUUUUGUUGGAUCGUAACGCUGAUCCAAAUGCUCGCGCUCUUAAUGGCUUUACACCAUUGCACAUUGCUUGCAAAAAAAAUCGCAUUAAGGUUGUCGAACUGCUUCUAAAAUAUCAUGCUGUUGUCGAGGCUACUACGGAAUCUGGGUUAUCCCCAUUACAUGUUGCUGCUUUCAUGGGUGCCAUAAAUAUCGUCAUUUACUUACUUCAGCAGGGUGCGAAUGUGGAUGUGGCUACUGUGCGUGGUGAAACACCACUGCAUUUAGCCGCUCGAGCAAACCAAACUGACAUUGUGCGUGUUUUGGUUCGUAAUGGAGCUAAGGUGGAUGCUACGGCACGCGAAUUGCAAACUCCAUUACAUAUUGCAUCACGUUUGGGUAAUACUGACAUUGUAAUUUUGUUGCUGCAAGCAGGUUCUUCAUCAAACGCUGCCACGCGAGAUCUUUAUACCCCACUUCAUAUUUCCGCAAAAGAAGGUCAAGAGGAAGUAGCAGCAAUAUUAUUGGAUCAUGGGGCGGACAAAAUGCUCCUUACAAAAAAAGGAUUCACUCCUUUACAUCUUGCAGCUAAAUAUGGGAAUCUGGCAGUUGCAAGAUUACUGCUGGAGCGUGGCACACCAGUUGACAUUGAAGGCAAAAAUCAGGUUACACCUUUGCAUGUGGCUGCACAUUAUAACAAUGAUAAGGUGGCGUUGCUACUUCUUGAAAAUGGUGCUUCUGCUCACGCUGCUGCUAAAAAUGGAUACACUCCUUUACAUAUUGCAGCAAAAAAGAAUCAGAUGGACAUUGCUAGUACUCUCCUUCAUUAUAAAGUGCUUAUAUUUUCUACCCAUUUAAAUCCACUUUCUGAGAGUAAAGCAGGUUUCACACCCCUUCAUCUAGCCGCACAAGAAGGACAUCGGGAAAUGGCUGCACUAUUAAUAGAAAAUGGAGCAAAAGUUGGAAGUCAAGCUAAAAAUGGUCUAACACCGAUGCAUCUCUGUGCACAAGAAGAUCGUGUAAAUGUAGCCGAAGAAUUAGUGAAAAAAAAUGCAGCCAUUGAUCCAAAAACAAAAGCAGGGUACACGCCACUGCAUGUCGCAUGUCAUUUUGGGCAAAUAAAUAUGGUUCGUUUUUUGAUUAAGCAUGGCGCUCCAGUCUCUGCUACUACUCGUGCUUCUUAUACACCAUUGCAUCAAGCUGCUCAGCAAGGACAUAAUAAUGUCGUGCGUUACCUAUUAGAACAUGGGGCUAGUCCUAAUGUUCACACAUCGACCGGACAGACGCCACUGUCGAUUGCUGAACGUUUGGGUUAUGUAUCUGUGGUUGAAGCACUAAAAACAAUUACUGAAACUACAGUAAUAACGGAAACUACUACAGUUACUGAAGAAAGGUAUAAACCUCAGAAUCCAGAAGCAAUGAAUGAAACAAUGUUUUCUGAUUCUGAAGACGAAGUGUAUGCUGUUGUUGUUGUUGUUGUUGAGUGUUUAUUCGUCGAUUCAGCACCGAAUACAUUGGAGGAGGAUGCGUCGCAUCUUCGUGCUUUGGCACACUCGCCGUUGCGCCUAUCAACGUCAGAUGAUCAUGACUUGAGCUUCUUUCCCAAUCACACUUCAAGUCCUUAUCCUUCACCUGGAGCUACUCUUGUUUAUUUAUCACGUGAAGAUAACCAAAUCACUGCUAAUGCUCAUGCCCGUGACUUCUCAGAAAGCCUCACAAAGGGUUUACACGACUCAACUGGUUUGCAUAUAAUUCAUGCUGCAGAGCCGAUGCUGUCGCGAAGUAUCGAAAUGGAAGCGACUGAUGGUGAUCUAGAUGCAUUGAUUCGUAAAGCUCAACACGAACCUUUCACCACAGUAAUGGCUGAUUCUUGUUUAGAUGCUUCAGCUCCCGAUAAUAUUACCAUACAUAGAGCUGCUGUACAACCCAGCUUUUUAAUUUCGUUCAUGGUGGAUGCACGUGGAGGAGCAAUGCGUGGAUGUCGUCAUUCUGGUGUCAGAAUUAUUAUACCUCCCAGAAAAGCACCACAACCUACUCGCAUCACAUGUAGAUAUCUCAGAAAAGACAAAUUGACACAUCCACCACCACUCAGUGAGGGGGAAGCUCUUGCAUCACGUAUACUUGAAAUGGCGCCACAUGGAGCAAAAUUUUUGGGUCCUGUAAUAUUGGAAGUACCUCAUUUUGCAUCACUCCGUGGACGCGAACGGGAAAUUGUCAUUUUACGAUCUGAUGAUGGACAGCACUGGAAGGAGCAUCAACUUGAAGCAACAGAAGAUGCUGUGCAAGAGGCACAUUUUUAUUUGGGAACAGUUCUAAAUGAGUCAUUUGACGCAGAAGAACUGUCUCAGCUUGACGAUUUGCAUACAUCACGUAUCACGCGUAUUUUGACUAAUGAUUUUCCAAUGUAUUUUGCUGUCGUCACUCGUGUGCGACAGGAAGUACAUUGCGUUGGUCCAGAAGGCGGUGUGAUACUCUCUUCAGUAAUACCUCGUGUACAGGCUAUAUUUCCCGAUGGUUCCCUAACAAAAACGAUUAAAGUAUCUGUUCAAGCGCAACCUGUUCCGCAGGAAAUCGUCACACGCUUACACGGAAAUAGGGUUGCCGUAUCUCCAAUUGUAACUGUUGAGCCCCGUCGUCGCAAAUUCCACAAGCCUAUAACUCUGUGUAUACCACUUCCACAGAGUUCAAACAAAGGAAUGCUGACUCAGUACAGUGGUCAACCAGGACAAGAACCACCUACACUUCGUUUACUCUGCAGCAUUACAGGUGGUUCUGCUCCAGCUCAGUGGGAGGAUAUCACUGGAACCACACAGUUGACAUUUACUGGGGAAGAUGUUUCGUUUACCACCACUGUUUCUGCUCGGUUUUGGUUGAUGGACUGUCAGACUCCACGAGAUGCAGCCAGAAUGGCACAAGAGGUUUAUAACGAAGCAAUUGCGGUUCCUUACAUGGCAAAAUUUGUAGUUUUCGCUCGUCGAACUUUUCCUACUGAGGGGCAAUUAAGAGUGUUUUGUAUGACUGAUGAUCGGGAGGACAAAACUCUGGAAAAGCAAGAGAAUUUCUUCGAAAUCGCAAAAUCAAAAGAUGUAGAAGUUUUGUGUGGACGACAUCAAUUUUUGGAGUUUUCUGGAAAUAUACAUCCAAUAACUAAAAGUGGCGAUCAGCUAUCGCUUUACUUUCUACCAUUUCAAGAGAAUCGUCUUUCUUUCAUGAUAAAAACUCGCGCUCAUUCGGAAAAUGAAGCUACUGCUAGUGGACGAAUAUCAUUUAUGAAAGAGCCAAAAAUAAGAGCAGAUAAUUUGCCGCCACAAGCACCUUUAUGCACACUUACAAUUGUUCUCGAUUAUGCAGGCCAGGCGUCAGUGGUAUCUAACAAGUUAUCUGAUGCAGAAACUCCACUUGCACAGAAAUACAUGGGAGCUUUCCAAGAAACAGCUCAAUCUAAUGAUCUACCAUUAACACAAGUUGCACGGUUAAUUGGUGCUGACUGGCAUCGAUUGGCCAGAGCACUUGAAGUUCCAGACUGUGAUAUACGGCAAAUUCGGCAUCAGCUUGUAGGGCGUGAAGCAGUCACAGUUUUGCAUAUUUGGAUAUUUUUGAAAAAAGAACAGGCUACACCUGCUACUUUACGAUUAGCACUGCAACGGAUAGGGCGCGAUGAUGUAGUUCGAGAAAUGAAUCGAAUUCAAGAAACUGGUAGUGUAGAAGAAACACCUAUUUCACACGCGUCUGGAAUGGCAAUGUCAACUACCUCAUUGGAGACAUCAGAUAAGAAGCAUUAUGCAGACGAAGUUUCAACGACGCAACAAGAAAUGCCACAUACACCUUUUCAUCAGCGUACAAAUUAUUAUUUGACGGAACAUGGGACAGUUGAAGAACCACAAAUUCGUGAAGAAGAAGAAGUUGCAGUUUCUGAAAUUCGAACAGUCGUGCGUACUGAGCGACAUGUGCAUAAUUCGGAAAACGGUCCAAUUGUGGAAGAGCGUACAAUAACCACAACAUAUGAAGAUGAUGUUGCCAUAAAUGAAGAAAUUGUUGAUAGAAUAGUACCGCUGAAUGAAGAGGAGCAAGAGAAGUGGAGUCAAAUGGUUGGGGAUGCGCAUAUUAUGACAUAUGAAGACGAAAAGAAUGACUAUUCUCUCGGUUUGUAA